CCCUACCGCUUAGCUCCCCGACACGAAUAACGGCUCCCAGCCGUACCACCCACCGGUCCGUGGAGGCGCCCCCGCCCCAAGCGUCCCGAACCGCGCCGCGGCGCUCCUGUGCGCUCUGACGUCGCGCGUUGGUCCUUGGAAUCAAGAGCUCGCAACCACGCGCCGCGCGACGCCAUGGCCGCCGCCGCGACGCUGCCGCCGCGCGUCUCCACUCUAGGCCAUGGCCCACGGGUCCUGGGGGCAGCCGCGCCCGCCGCGGAGGCCCUCGGGCUCGGGGCAGCCAUGCGAGACCGGCCGCUGGGCCCGCUGAGCCCGAACCCCGACGACUGGGGCCAGUACGUCGACGACGACGAUCUACAAACAUCGGAGGACGAUGGGUAUGCGUCUACUGUUUCUCUCGUCCGCGGCUCGCAGGACAAUUUGAGCCGCGACGUCUCGUCGCAGUCGCUCGACUCGCUCUGCGAGCUCGCGGCGGCGAAGCAAUCGCGCUCGCCGAGCGACGCGAGCGACGCGCCGGCGCGGGAGCACUGCCUCUCGACCUUACAUCAGCUCGUCGCCGAGGACCUUUCGGACGAGGACACCGUUUUAGUGGUGGCGCGGGGCCCCGGGUCCGCGCGCUUCGAGCAGGAGCGCUGGUCGAGUGAAGCUCAUAACGGCUGCGCCGUGCCCCGCUCCGCUUCUUACUCACCGGCAACAGCUCCAAGCGUGUGGUCGCGCGAGUUCGAGCACGGCGUCGUCGUCGGCUGCAGCCUCGGCGGCAUCCGCGUGCGGCGGGAACGCCUCUGGCAUUACGCGUCUUAUAGACUGUUGGUCUCGACGGAGGCGACGUGCACGGAGCGCUGGCUGCGCCACUCCGAUUUGCGGGCGUUGCAUAGUGCGCUGCCCGCUACCGCCGCCUUCGACCGCGUGCGGUCGCUGUGGAACGAGGCUGAAUGUAGCAGAAAACGGUGGCGGUCCCUAGAUUUGAGCUACCUCGUCCAGCGGCGGCGCUUCUACGAGGCGUAUAUUGCCGAACUGGUUUUCGCCGUGUCGUCGCCGGACGAGUUGGCUUUUUACUUGGGUAGUGGGCGGUCGGCGGCGGCGCGCGUGGCGCCGAGAGCCGCGCGCGAGGCGAGGUAACAACAUGUUUUAACUAUCUACAUUGCGGACGCCCCGGGGUUCGCCGC